AUGUCCUCGCUUGUUGCGGCUAAACCUGCACUCCAACAAACUAUCAAGGAGUACUCGCAGCCCCCACCACCGAAUCAGCCAUAUUCUAUUGCAAUCCCCAACACGGAAGAGCCUGGCCGUUCACCUAUCUACCGACACCACCGGUGCGGUAAUGGAGUCCUCCAAACCAUCGAUGCCAGUUGCCCCACCGUCCACGAUUUGUUCGAGUCAAGUGUCGCGCGGAAUCCAAAUGGACCCUGCCUUGGCUGGCGACCAUAUGAUUCCGUGACAAAGACCUGGAAACCGUAUCAGUGGCUGGAUUAUCAGACUGUCCAGAGGCGUCGCAAGAACUUCGGCAUUGGCUUAUCAGCGAUUCACGCAAGAGAAGGGAUAACCGGCAAGAACUACGGCGUGGGCCUCUGGUGUCAGAAUCGGCCAGAGUGGCAGUUAACAGACCUUGCUUGCAUGUCUCAGUCGCUAUAUACCGUCUCGCUUUAUGAUACACUGGGUCCCGAUGCAAUCGAGUAUAUCAUCGCACAUGCGGAUCUCAGUGCUGUUGUUUGUUCGCUCCCCCAUGUACCUUCUUUGCUCAAGGUAAAGCCUCAACUGCCAAGUCUGCGGAUUAUCGUCGUUGUCGAUCCUAUAGAACCCUCUUGUGUCGAACAUCGGGAACCCUUGAAACAGGCCAUUUUCCCCGCCGUGGCAGAGGAAGCCGGGGUGAGGAUUUACACCAUGGAAGCUGUUGAAAGUCUCGGAAACGACCUGGGAGGUUCCUACAAUCCCCCGGAGCCGUCCGACACAAUAACAAUCAACUACACCUCCGGCACCACCGGGCCUCCGAAAGGCGUGGUCCUCACCCACUCCAUGGCUGUCGCAGCCACCUCGAGUGCUCUCAUCUACUUCCCGCUUGAUACCACUUCCGUGAUAUGCUCCUAUCUUCCACUGGCACACAUCUAUGGUCGCUUAAUGGAGCAUGCUUGCCUCUACAUGGGGGCCCGGAUUGGAUACUUCCAUGGAAACACCGCCGAGCUUGUUGAAGACCUCAAGCAACUCCGACCAACGUUUUUCGGGUCCGUCCCCCGGAUAUACAACCGUUUCGGAAGUAUGAUCAAAGUCGCCGCGGCCAAACAACCUGGUGCCCCACACACCCGCUCCCACGAGACCGAUCCAGUUUAUGACCCUAGCUGGAGCCGCAAGGUCGCUGCCUCGCUUGGUUUAGACCGACUGCAGAGUAUGGUAACGGGGUCGGCGCCCCUCGAUCCUUCAAUGCAUGCCCUCCUGCGUGAUGUAUUCGCCGUGCCGCUAUUCCAGGGCUACGGGAUGACGGAAGCUUACGCUUCAGUCUCCGCACAGGCUGCCGAUGACUUCAGCGUUGGAAAUUGUGGCGGUAUUGCACCGGUUAUGGAAUUCUGUCUUCUCUCUCUUCCUGAAAUGGGCUACACGGUGAAGGACAACCCGCAUCCUCGUGGAGAAUUACUCAUUCGGGGACCAAGCCUGUUCAAGGGGUAUUACAAAGACCCAGAGGAAACAAACAGGGCAUUUACCGACGAUGGCUGGUUCAAGACGGGCGACGUGGUGUCUGUAGAUGAACGGGGACGUAUUGCCGUGAUUGAUCGCCGGAAGAACGUGCUCAAACUGUCGCAGGGUGAAUAUAUUUCACCUGAGCGGCUGGAGGGCGUGUAUACGAGCGAGUUACCCUACCUGGCACAAGCGUUCGUAUGGGGAGACAGUUCGCAGUCGUUCCUCGUUGGGAUAUUUGGCAUUCAGCUGGACCUCUUUGCAGCGUAUGCACAAAAAGUGUUGAAUAGGAAGAUCGACCCUAUGAACUUCGAGGCUAUCAGGGCAGCGACAAAAGACCCGCUUGUGAGGGAAGCCGUGCAAAGGGAUCUUGAUACCGUAGGCCGGAAGAAGAAGCUGCAAGGCUUUGAGCGGGUGCGCAACAUUGAGCUCGAUAUUGAGCCCUUUACUGUUGAGAAUGGAAUGUUGACACCUACUUUGAAACUGAAGAGACCCUUAGCCGCUAAGAUUUAUCGUGAGGUGCUGCAGCGGUUGUAUGCCGACGGAGUUGCGGGUGGAGAUACACCCAAGGGGAAGUUGUAG